GUGGUAGUAGAGGCUGGCAGACUGGGAGCUAGUAGUGGUGGUUGCUUCACGUCGAAAUCCCCGUUAUGUCCAAGUCCGCGAACCUCCGGAGAGAGCACGGAGCGCACCUCUGCGCGCCUCGGAGUCCUGAAAGGCCUCAGCCUCCGCCCGCGGGACCUACUAAUUUUUAUUAGUGUUACGUCCUUGUCCAGGCGAGCCUCCGGACCGCCUUCGGCCUCUUCCAACUCACCUGUGGAGACAGUAGCUGCCAGUAACGCGAGUGUCGAGUGCUCACCAGCGGCGGAUGCCGCCUCUACCUGCGGAGACUUCAAUGCGUGGAGGCCGAUGCCACGGUGAAUCGGCGGUCAUGUUCGGUAUUUUCUGAGCCCCGGAACUUCGGAGUCCCACGAACUCAACAUGCCUCAUCUUACGCGACUCCAGUGACCGACCUGACCUCGAAACGUCCAGGAUCCCGUGACGUGGAAUCAAUCAUGGCGAGGUGGCUGCUGUUCGGGGUUUUCCUGGCUACGGGGAUUUUGUCUACCCUAGGCCAAUGGAGACCCUGCGUCGAACUGAAGAGGGAUCUUCAUGUGCCCUGCAAAUGCAGCCUAUCUUCGAAUCACCAAAGAGCUCUUCGUAUGGAUUGUGACCGAGUGAUCCUCACUCGAGAAUCCCUGGAUGGUCUAAAGGGUCAGCCGAUAGUUUCCCUAAGCCAGAAGCAAUGCGGCUAUCAUAGCCUCCCCGAGAACCUCCUCGGCGUAGGUCUUCCUCUGGAAAAAUUAGACCUAUCGAACAAUGCCAUUUACCGAUUGAUGGAUCGCGUUUUAAAAUCAUUGAGGAACCUGCGAGAGCUCAGACUAGCUGGAAACCUACUAGGAGACAAUUUGAACCCAAUAUUCUCCAGCAACGAAUUCCACGACAUGUCCGAGCUUAGGCUCCUCGACCUCAGCAGCAACGGGUUGCGCAGCAUCGAGGAGGGCAUGUUUAAAGGUUGCUGGAACCUUGAGGAGAUCUACUUGGACGACAACAAUAUGACUACGGUACCCGUUGUCUCGUUGAAGGGCCCAAAGUCCAUCAGGGUACUCUCCUUGUCCGGCAACAAAAUCGAUUCCAUCGUUCGAGGAACAUUUACUCCACUAGGAGAAUCUUUACUGCGUCUUGACUUGAGCAACAAUGAAUUGUCUCAUAUAGAGGAUGGAGCACUUUCCGGCCUGGACAAUUUGCUUAUCUUCAACAUCUCCCACAAUGACCUCGCGCGAUUCAACAGCGACGUUUUCAAGGGGGCAUAUAAUUUGCAGCAACUGGAUCUGUCCGCAAACUUUCUUCAAGAUUUCCCCUCGGACGCACUCAGGCACUUGGAGGACUUGAAGUUCCUGAAUAUUUCUAACAAUCUGAUCACCGUAAUAGAACGAACUCACCUGUCGCGGUUGACGGAGUUACAAGUAUUGGAUCUGAGCCGAAACAACAUUGGACGCUUGGGCGUGAACACGUUUUCCAGCCUUUCCUCUCUGACUCGACUUGAUUUAAGUCUGAAUGCACUCCGCACUAUCGAGGAGUCAUCUUUUGAGGGAUUGACCAAACUGAAAUGGUUGUCUCUGCAAGACAACAAUAUUUUAUUGGUACCAGCAUCUGCCCUCGCACGAUUGCCAUCGCUUUCUUAUUUGCACGUAGAAUUCAACCGUAUAGCAGCAUUAUCCACGGAAUUAUUGCGAUCAACGACACCAACUUUGAUCAGCCUAGGGCUGACUGGAAAUCUGGUUCGGGAAAUUCCUUCGAAGCUGUUCAACAACUUCAAGAACUUAGUUAGCCUCGAAUUGGGCAGUAACAUGCUCUCGUCUGUUUCGCAAACCACUUUUAGUGGUCUGGAGGAUACAUUAUUGAAUCUGGACCUUUCCUUCAAUCGGCUAACCAGUAUCAGUGAGUUGCCACUCAGAAAUCUGGUAUCCCUAAAUCUGGCGGGUAAUCAACUGAAGAAAGUGUCUCCUGAGACGUUUAAGUACCUAUCCGGAUUGCAGUAUUUAAACCUCAGCAGUAAUCCUCUCUACGGAGGUUUUCCACCAGUUUUCCCCUCGUCGUUGACGACCAUGGACAUAUCCUAUACCGGGCUGAAAAUAUUGCCAGCGGUUCUGCUAUUGAAUUUAGAUUCUCUGAAGAGGAUAUCGUUGUCAGGGAAUCACCUGCAAGAGAUCUCAGAGGGUACCUUUCAGCAGCUUUACAACCUGUCAUCGAUAGAUCUUUCUUAUAACGACAUUGACAACGUCGCCAAUGGCGCUUUCGCUGGACUGAUCCAUUUGUACAGGCUCAACUUAAAAGGAAACAAAUUGACCUCCUUUGCAGGAGAGUACUUCAGCACAGGUACGGGCUUGGAAGUGUUGGAUUUAUCGGACAAUCAGAUUCGUCACCUAUCGGCCACGUCUUUUGCGAUACACCCACGGCUGCGAGACAUCAAUCUAUCUGGGAAUCAGUUUGCCCAGUUCCCAAGUGACUUUAUUAAGCCUCUCCAGUUCUUAGAAAUCGUGGAUCUGUCGCAGAACAACCUUCGAAGCAUCGGGGAAUUUUCCUUCUCCCAAGUUGGACGACUUCGAAAGCUGGACCUGUCGAAAAAUAAAAUAGAGUUCGUGGAAGAGCUGGCUUUCCACAAUUCCACGCAACUUCAGACUCUGGACUUGUCGGAAAAUAACAUAGAAACCCUCAGCGAGCGGGCAAUGGAAGGUAUGAUUCGUUUGGAACAACUCAACCUACAAGACAACAAGCUGUCCUCUCUACCGGAAACUGUUUUCGACACAUCGAGGAUUCAAUCGGUGGAACGGAUUAAUUUAAAGGGAAAUCAGUUCAACGAGAUUCCAGUUAAAGUACUGCAGAGACAAGCGUCUUCGCUGAUAAGCCUAAACAUGGCCAGAAAUAAAAUCGUAGAAGUAUUCACUCAGGACAUCUUAAAUAAUGUAAAAGAACUGGACCUUUCCGAAAACCCUCUCAGCGAAAACGCAAUUCGGGGUAUCCUAGGAGAGGCGAAAAUUUUACGCUCGUUAAACCUUGCAAACACUGGCAUUAAAAAUAUCACAAGGCUGGAAGCACCAUUUCUGAAGUUUUUGAAUUUAUCCGGGAAUAAUAUAACCGACAUCAAGACAUCGGCAUUAGAACGCACCACGUUAUUGGAGAUUCUUGAUAUCUCCAAGAACAGUAUGGCUGAUUACGUCGAUCUGAUCAACACAUUCAAGGUGCUUCCCGUGCUCAACACCUUGGAUAUUUCGGGUAAUGCCGUAAAAACCAUCAAUGACAGCAGUUUUAUUGGCCUGGAGUCUCUGCGAACGUUGAAGAUGAUUAACCUAUCCGAGUGUACGAGAAUAGAGAAGAGUUCUUUCAAACUUUUGGGCAAAUUACGUGCCUUGUAUGCUUACGGGUACCCAAGACUUGGCUACUUCGACGUACAAGGAAUCCUGAAAGAUAUGCACAAUCUUAGGGAACUCGACGUCGAAAUAAAGGACUCAUCUGUUGGAAACGAGCAGCUUUCUCUGAGAACUCAUCCCCGCCUGAGGAGAUUGACUUUACGAGGAGAAAGGCUGCGAAACAUUUUAUCAAGUUCGUUAGUUGGAGUGCGAAGUCCGGAACUGUUCAUCGGCCUCAAGAACACCUCGAUCGCCUCAAUACCAGCAGCCGUAUUUUUCCCUGUCCCCAGAUCAACAAAAGUCGAGCUGGAUAUAGCUGGCAGUUUGUUUUCGACCAUCUCGGCUCAGUUUGUUGCAGCUUUGGACGAAAGACGAGGAACGGUUUCGUUACUCGGACUGAAUUCAAACCCAAUUACUUGCAACUGCGAUGCAAAGCAUUUGUGGCGCUGGUUAAGGUUUCCUAAAGGUCCAAGGAACAAUCCCGAAGUCACUUGCAUGACGCCGGAUUACCUGGCUGGUCGUAUUCUAACGGAUCUGAACGAGGACCAGCUUUCAUGCGAGCAAACCACAUCUUCCACGACUCAGACCACGGAAACCACAAGGGUGACUAAGUCGACCACUCCGGAGCCUGAAAUUAUAUGGACGGUAGCCCCUACAUUACAAGAGAAUCGCAACAAGCAUCACAAUAACGACCUAGGGAGUAACUCCAUGGGAACCUCAACGGGCACGGACGACACUUUAAUCAUCGGCAUCGUGGGAGGCGUGGUAGCUUUUAUAGCGAUAGUGGUGAUCAUCAUUUGCAUAUGUCGACUGCGAUGGAGCAGCCAAGUGAACGAAGCUCGCAUGGCAGCUAUGGCAUCUAGCAUCCACGAAGCCUCCAUCAGACCCGGCAGUACUUAUUCUGGAAAAAUGAAUCAAGAGCUGUAUAUGGGCUCCUAUAACGGGUCAACUUUGGGAAAUGGAAAUGCCUUGGUAGGGUCCAACAUGCCAGCUACUCCUGUCCAAAUGUUGCCUUUUGUACCGCAGAUGCACAUGAUGCCUGCCAUGCAUCCACCACCGCCUUCCCAGCACAUGUACGGGUACUACGAUAGUUCUCCUCUUCCCAUGUACGUUACUUGUCCAACGGAAAACAAGUUUGACAGAUAAUCCAUAUGUGGGAUUCACCGAGCGCAAUGUGCGCGUGAUCUUUUCGAAGUCGUGGCAAGAUUUUUUUUGCACCUUGCAAAGAACUGAAAGGGAUCACCCUUGCGGCUCCCUGUUUUAAUUACUGAUCGGAAGCAAAUCGACUGGAUUGCUGAUAACCUUCGGGCGCUGUUUAAAAAUUGUUGUAAGAGGAUCAUCAGACUUAUUUUUUAAUAGAUGUAUGUAGGUAUUAAAUACGACCACCCUGUUACUAAUUGUUAGAAACAUCGGUAGAAAGCUAUAUUUAUGACAUGCUCUUGUAGAUGAAGAACAAAGUGAAAGUAGUAUGAAAAUAUUAGAAAUACAAAACCUUUUUCUAACAAGGAUUCGUACUAGGUAGCAACUGCAUGAGUCGCGAAAAAAAUUAAAAAUAUGUCAUUAUGAAAGUAUAUUGUAAUGUUGUCAUGGAAUGUAAUCUACAUCUUAUCGGUGCUAUAACGUUUAGUAUCGCAUUGUUCUACACGUUAAGGAAUAAAUUAAUGAUUGCGUUAAUUUAACUGCAAUCGAGAGUACAACAUUAUUUAUAUGUUAAAU